GUCCAAACGCGUUGAACGAGGUCAUUUUUGCCGUUCGCAGCAAUCAAAACCAAUUAUUCGUUAAAAAAGAUAACGUUAAAGUAUGUACUUGUACAUAAAUUACAAUAUCCGUUAUACCCGCGUAUAAUAAUGAUAAUACAGUUUACUCGUGGGGGUUUCGCCUCGUGGCUGCAGUACUCGCGCGCACGGUGAUAUUAUGCAAGUGAAUCGCAAUCGCCGGGUACACGCGCCGUUCCGUAAACGUAUAGAGAGGUAUAACUCUCCGGUAUAAAGAAACUGGUUUCGAUAAUAUUACGGGCUGGACAUCAUCACGAUUCGUACGAACGGCGAAAAUAAUUUAGGUAGAGGUAGGUACAGCAAUACCCGACUGUCGCCGGCAACUCGGUCCAGUCCAUAUAUAUUAUCAAUCCGCGUAUACUACGUUGCGCUGUUGUGAAAAAAAAAAAAAAAAUAGAAUAGAAAUCAUGAGGUGCUCGAUAUUUUUCGUAGUCGCUGUCACGGCGGCGCUUUUCGCGACCGCAUCCGCGGCCAACAGGAUUAAGAGAUCUCCGGUAAGUCAUUACAAUGUACUUAUAAAAUAUUGCGUAUAAUAUCCGAGUAAGUAAUAUUAAAAUACCUACAUACAUUAUUCCGUGUAUAUUAUAGCAGCCGUGUAUAUUAUUUGUCAUCGGCAGUGAUUUUUUCCGAGCUUUAUUUGAUUUGUCCUUGUUUUUUUUUAUGCAGUUGAAAGUUUCGGUUUACUACGAAUCGCAUUGCCCUGACAGCAAAUAUUUUAUCAACAGUCAACUCCAUCCAUACUUCUGUAAAGUACGACAAUACUUGAACUUGAACUUAGUACCCUUCGGCAAAGCCUCCGUAAGUAUAUAUAAUGCGAUUAUAAUGUGUCAUUUUAACUGCCGACAUUACGUCUUCAUUAUCUCCACACCACUUGUAAAUAAGUAAAAUACAAAACAAGUCGAUUAAAAUUCAAUUGAGACAAAUCGCGUCUUAUGUUUUUCAAUUUAUAAUCAACAACUGUCCACUAUACUCAUGGUCUUCUUGAUUUUAUAUUACAAUUUCGAAAGAGCAGGGUACGGACACUCCAUAAUAUUAGACGCUUAAACUCUCAAAACUGUUACAUGCAAUUUGGAAGUCCCCGAUUAAAAUCUUCCACAUAGGUACAGGAUAGGUGAGUCUUCACCAUAAUACACAUGACAAAAAAACUAUAAAUGUUGCAUAAUUAUGUGAAUUUGCUUAGGUUUUCAUAUUAUUUAAUUCAAUAAUUAAUUCUACGUCAAUUUUGAAACAUAAGAAUCGUUCUAUGCAGUAAGGCCAUUAAGAAAAUACCAAUGUUUUAAAACGAUUUAAAUACAUACGACCGUAAGUGAUAAAACCUUAUCACUUGAUCAGUUUUUUUGAUUGUACGUUCCAUUUAUAUUUUUAAUUAUUAUCAGAUAGGUAUUGUUUGAAAAAGUCACGUCUUGAUUUCUUUCCAUCAAAUACCCGCUUUAAAAUUACCUAAAUGGUAAAGUAUAUUUGAUUAAAAUAUGUUCACAAGAUACUAACAUUAUACACUAAAUCAGUUUAAAAAAUGUUCAUUAAUCCGUUUUUUAUGGUCAAUGGGCUUAUCACAUAAUAAUAUACAAACGGAUAUAAUGGAUAUCCAGCUAAACCGUUUUAAUAAAUUUAAAAAUGAUUUAAUUUCAAACCGUUUUAACGCCAUUGUAUAAACAAACUAUAAUAGACAUUAAACGUUAAACGAAACCAUCUUUAUCAAGAACGAUAAAGUGUAUAAUGGUUUAUUAUUAUUAUUGGUUUAUAUUGGUUAUUAUAAAACAAUAUUAUUUUAAAUAGAAUUAAGAGGCCGCCGCAAUCUCAUUUAUUGUCUCAGUCCAGCUACCGGACAACAUGCAAAAAUAAUGCUUUCGCAGACUAAGUAAAACUAGCUUGAUUUUGAUUUUAGAGUAAAAAUACCUAUUAUGAAAUUUAUAGAGAAUAAUAUUUUGGAGGAAAUCUCACAUGUGUUUGGAAUUAUAAACUAUUAUAAAAGUUAAAGUUAUUGAAAAAGCUCAAAAUGAAAAAAAAAGGUUUUUAUGGCUUUUAUAUUGAACUGUAUAUUCAGAAUAACAUAAAAAAAUUAAUGAGGUUCUCUCCAAAAUAUUAUUUUUUAUACAUUUCAUAAUAGGUACUUUUACUCUUAAAUCAAAAUCAAGCUAGUUUUACUUAGUCUACGUAAGCAUUAGUUUUGCUUAUCCGGUAAUUGGACUGAGACAAUGGAAAAGGGUGUGGCGUCCUCUUAAGUCGAUUAAUAGACACCUAAUGUUGGUACCUGUUAUUAUAAUACACCUAGUCUUUAAUUUUCAUGAUAAAUGUAAAACUACUAAAAACUCUAAUAUCACUCUGGCGGGUAGAUACUGUUUUCUAUUUUACAUGAAUAUUAUUGCUAUUUUUUUUUUAAUUUCACGAUUAUUCAAUAAAUACUCAUGACAAUGACACAGAAUAUUUUUGAGACUAUAAAUUUUGCAUAAACAGAUUCAUUCAAAUUGCCUAUGCACAAACCCUUAAAUAUUGGAAGUGUACAACUAUACCACUGUGCAUGACAUUCACCUAAAUACUUAUAGGAAAUUUUAUCAAUAUUAUAGUAAACAGAGUUUACAUUUGGUACUAUACGUUUUCAAAUUAAUAAUAGUGUACCACAAACUUGAGUAAAGAAAGAAACUGCUAAACACAAUGUAUUUUACUUACCUACGCAUUUUAACAAUAAACUAUGUACACGUACAUGAUUGACAAAACUAAUACAAAUAUUAUUACAGUCAUUUUCUACGAGAAAACCAAUAGUUCAUUAUUAUUUCAUUGACGUGUAUGCUUAUAUUAAUAUUUAUUUUUCAAAUUUUGUAUUUGUAUGUAUUAAGGCGGUUAAGGGUUGGAUUUGUAUGCGCAAAAAUAUGUAGAAAUUGCAGAUUAAGUUACACGAAAAUAAUAUAAAACCAAAUAUCCAUUUCCAGUAAUAUUGAUUAGAUAAUAUUUUAAAAAUCAAUCAUAUAAUGUUAUUAUUUAUCUUCUAAACUUAAACUUUAAUAUAUACCGCAUGCGUUCGAUUUUUGAUUAAUAAAUAUACUCGUUUAAUUAAUAUGGAAAAGUUGAAUAAAAAUAUAAUUUUUGUUUUUUACUAAUAGGUGACGUUAAAGAUUUUAACACAUUAUAUCCUGACAAUUAAAUAAAUAAUUAUUUAUUAUUAAAACGCAAUGGACAAGUAUUUUUUCGAUCCAAUUAGGUUAUUAAUUAAAAAAACAUAUUAUUAGAAAAUCAAAAACUUCACUUCAGAUAUUGGUGUAAAUGUGUGAUCGUUACCUCCAAUUUAUAUAUUACACUAUAUUUUUAUAUUGAUAAAUAUUAUCAACACACCUACUUGAAUUUCGAAAGAUAAUUUUACAAAAUAAUAAUUAUUAUUGUAAUUAUAUAAAUUAGUAGUAGGUAUGGGUAUCAUGAAAUAGUAUUUAUUAUUAUUUAAAACUAUUAUCUUAAUAAAUUAUAUUUACCAAAACGUUUUUUCUACUUUUAUUUUAGCAUGUAUACACACGCACUUGAAUAUUAUUUACAUACUCAGUAUAUCUGUGUGCCGUAAUUUCCAUGGAGAGGUUUAGGUUGUAUGAUUAUGUGACCAUUCGUUAUAAUAAACAUAUUUAUCUGCGAUUAGUAAAUUUCCAAUUUAACUUCCUAUACCUAUACUACAAUGUCCAAAUUUUUUUUAUUAAAUCCAAAUAUAUAUAUACAAUUCAAAAACUAAGCAAAAGUGCUUAAUGUCUCUGAAAAAAAAAAUAUAAAAAUAAAUUUCAAGUUAAUAAAUAUUGUUUUGGUUUUAGAGCUUAAGGAAUUUUUUUCCUUUCUUGAAAAAUUUUAAAAUUAGAACAUCUACUAUUUGUGCACUAAGCAAUUUAACUAGAAACGUAAAAUAUUAUAAAUAUCAUUUUAAAUACCAUUCAUUAAAAUAUGUACAUUUUUUACUAAGAUAAUGGUAUCUUAAAAUCAUAGGCGUACGCAAACAUUACUGAUAGGGUAGUUGUAUGAAUUAAAAUACAAAUUAAUUAAAAUCUGUGAAUCUGUAAUGGCAGAUUUAUAUUUUAUAAACUGCGAUCAACCAGCGUUGUGUGGUCGGUGAUAGCGAUAGGUUAGCUUAUUGAACCCUACAUAUUUUAUGUUAGACCCAUAGAGUAGUAUGAUAGUAACAAAUUAUUGGACCGCAGUUUAUUUACAGUUCCAUCCGAUAGUCAUAUGAAGAAUUGAAUAAAUGAUACCAAAAAUUGUUUUCCGAUAAUAAAAAUGUUAUCGCUUACCGUGUCGAAAAUAAUACGAUUAUUAUGUCAAUAUUAAAUACACGAAAAAAAAAAAAAAGUUCGCAGAGUAUUCAAUUGCCUACCCUGACUACCUCGUGCGCACGCUUAUGCUUAAGAUUCACAAGUACAUUUUUUUAACCACAGAGUACGGGCGAAGGAGAUUUUACUUGUCAACAUGGUCCCAAAGAAUGUCGGGGUAAUACAAUACAUAACUGUGUGUUAAAACGUUUACAAGAUCCGAAAUCUCAAGUGGACUACGUGAAUUGUGCAUUUUACGAUCCAGACCAACCAGGACUCAUUGAAAAAACGGUAAAUUUAUGUUACAAAUUUAAAACUAUAAUCGUAUUUGACUAAAAAUAAGUAAGUUACAAUGAGCCUGUACUAUUUAAAAAAGACUCUAUGAUAUAGCUAUAUAUGUACUUUAUGUUAUUAACUGAUAAUAGCAAUAACUGAAAAAAGAGCUGAUACCAGGGACAAGUGAGCCACUAUUAGGUGAGAAGUUGGGAACGUAGGCUGCAUUAAGUUAUUUAAUUUAUAUCUGUAAGCAACGAUAAACUAUUGCUAACAAAAAACGAUUUGGAGCGAAGUUUAGUUACACCAUGUUUUGAAAGGCCGUCCGUAGUAUUUACAAUUUUCGUAAAAAUUUGAUACUAAAACCACUAAGUAUAACUUACAAUAAUAAACUCCUAUUAGAUUUAUAAACAUUUCUGUUUGGUCAAAUAAUUUAACCCACAGUGUAUCUUUUAAAUAAAAAUUACAUAAAAAACUCACAAAAUUAAAAUAUCCAUAAAUAUCUAAAAAACCGUUUAAAUGUUUUUAAAAUUUUACUCUAUUUAAAAAAGGCAAAUAAAAGUUUUCUAUCAAAAAUCAUAUCUUUAUGAAUAUUUUUAACCGAGUCGCAACAAAAAAACAAAAUUAAAAGUAAUAAAAUCAUUAUUUUCGUACAUUUUCUAGUUCUUUUUACGUUUUUUUUUCAGUUUUGCUCAAUUAUAUAAAAAAAACUUCAGGUCUAAUCGUAAUCGUCUAAUCGUUCAUACUCAUCAACUAAAUUAAAAAUUCAACAAAAAAGAUCUCUUCUCGUUUAUUUAUUGGAGAAAUAUUUCUGGUAAAACAUCGUGCGUACAAAUUUAAAAUAAUAAAAUCGUACGCCAUAAAUUUGUUUGUUUUCAUUUUUCGUCUUUUUUUGAUUUUUAUCAAUUAGUAUGAAAACUAUUUGAAAAAUUAAAAAAUAACCUCUUUAGAAUUUUCUUUCAGAAAAGGUCCGACAACUGAUGCAUCGGAGCAAGUUUUCUUUUCGAAAAUAUGUUUAGACAAAAAACAAAAAAAAUUAAAGAAACACACUUUGUAAAACCAAUAGAUCCGUCUCUCUACUUUGGAUUUGAAAUUAAUUAUAUUAUUUACCGAUUAUAAUGGUAUUCAUAAAAUUAUCAGUGACAUAGAGUUUAUUCCAAAUAGGUUUAUAUAAAAUCAAACGAGACGCGUUGAUAAAAUUAUCGAUUCAGGCUCACACAAUUAUAUUAUUAGGUGUAGGUAUCUAAUAUAAUUAUUUUAUCGAUAAGUAUUCAAAAAUCAUGUUUCUACAUACUUACUAAAAUAAUAAUGUUGUAAAUUAUACAUAUGUUUUACAACAACUUUCCGCGUAUUUCAGUGUGUUGAACAAAGCGGUUUGGACGCACAAGACAUAAAUAAAUGUUAUGCUUCUGAAGAAGGUUAUAUGUUGAUGUUGAAUGCAGAAAACGAAACUAAAACCAUGACACCCGGACCACUUUUUGUGCCUACUAUUGUAUUUGACGACGUACGUAAUAAUUUGUAUAUCUCACCGAUUUUAUUAUUAUUUAUUUCGUAUUCUUUCUUCAGAAAUACAACGACGAAGACCAAAAAAACGCAUUUCGAAACUUUGAAUCGACGCUUUGUGAGAAACUUAUCAAACAUGGAUACAUAGAAGUAUGCUCACACGGUGUGAUCAUAAAUCCAGAAGUUUGUUAAGGAACUUAUUGUAUUAUAGCUAUGAUAAUACUAUUGAUUAUUAUAAUGUACACGUAUAUAAUUUAGAUAAAAAAUCGAUUUUGUACAUCAGUAAAUUUAUAGUAUGUAUUUUUUAAAAUGCUAAUUUCUUAAAUAAUCUAUCCUCAUGCUAAAAGAGACCUCUGUGUAAUCUUUUUUAUUAUUAUUAUUGUAUAUUUUUUUUUUUUUUUGAGAAACAUUACUUUUAAUUUUAAUAUUAUUUUAAAAAUCAAAAUCUUUACCAAUAUUAUACAAAUCCAUUAAAUCAUAAAAACUGUAAAAUUAAUAUUGUACUACUUUCCAAUGUGACAAUUUUUUCUAGUGUAACCUUAUAUAGUCCAGAUUACUGCCUGAUCAGUUUUUAAUCCGAAUCUUUCGGCUCAUUUUCCAAUUUACUCAGACUGACAAAUAAUGUUGUCCAAAAAAAAAUGUACACAUACACAUAAUCGAUCAUUAUUUAUACGAAAAUAAAAUAAAUUCCUUAAUUAUCAUAGUUUUUGAUUUUUUAGUAAUUUAGAUAGAUAAAUAAUGGCGUUUAACUGGUUCCCAAG